AUGACGUCAGCUGCGUCUUCGUCCGUAAUUCAGCAAUGGCACGUUCUCAUUCAACGUCGAGAGCUGCCCAAGGGUUCUACGCCUUACAUUCUUCUGGCGGUCUGCCUGUUACUGGUGCUCAUUUUCUGGUUGGACAUCUUCUCAAUCUUCCAGGACGAGGAGCAAGCACUCAUCCGUGCGUCCUCUUCUAUACCCCCACAGUUUGCUCAAUCGACUCUUACCCAGAGCGACUCACCACCAUCAUCGCCAGGAGCAGCAGCAGCAGCAGGAGCAGCAGGAGAGUCAGCACAACAACACACUGACACCACUCCUGCCUCCUCUCCUGCCAAUGCCACCGCCAACACUGCUCCGGACGGCUCCGAACCUAGCGCCGAACCAAGCGCCGAACCUGCAGCUCCGGACAGCAGCAGCAACGGUGCUGGGCACAGCGGUCUAUCUAAUGAGCCUGAGGGUGGGGAUAUCGCGCACAUGUUUCGGCCGGCGGAGUGGCGGCAGCACACGUUCAGGCGCGUGGGGCUGGUGUCGUUUGCUCAGUUCUCCGGGUAUCGAAUUUCUCCCACUGAGUUCGCUGCUGUUGGUCUGGCCGCCCGCGCUCUGGAUGAAGGCAGGAAGGUGGGCAAAUGCGUUGUGGAGGUGCUACACGUGGGAGAACACCAUUGGUGGAAAUAUGCGGGGCUCAUUCUUCUCUGCACGCUCAAAAGGGAAGCCUAUGUAGCAGAUGGGGGGUGGCUGCACAUGCGGAUAGACGGGGAGGACGUGGUGGUGUAUGAGGAGCAGGCGGGGGAGGUGGUGAACGCCGUGCCUCAUCCGCCCUUCCUGCACAACAUCACGCACUGCUCUCCCCCCAUCCACCACCAGGUCAGAGCAGAUCGCGUCCACCAGUGGAUGGACCUACACAUCCGCAUGGGAGUGGACCAUUAUGUUCUCUACGAUGUGGGCGGGGUGGACCUGCAACUGCGCUCGGUGCUUCAGCCGUUUCUGGAAGGAGGGAUCGUGGAAGUGACUGAUUUCCGUGAUGUGGUGAACUAUGAGUCAUGGUACUAUGGACAGGUGAUGAUAGUGAACGACUGUGUGUAUCGCUUCCGCCGCCUCUCCAAGUGGCUCAUGUACCUUGACUUUGACGAGUUUAUUUUCAUUGACGGUCAAGAGCGAGUACCCAACCCAAUGAGCGUGCAUGACUUGCUCACCCCUCACGAGGGCCUGCCCUAUGUGAGCCAUGGUUGCCUGUGGUGGGAUCACGAGCGCUGCCUUCCUGCCCAAGGGGAAAACGACCCCAGGUGGCCGUUGGAGCGAAUGCUGUGGCACUGGCCGUUCAUCUACUGCCAGGCAAAGGACAACACCACCGACCCAAAGCUGUGCCUCGACCACUGGGGCCACCGCAAGCUGUUUGUCGAUCCAAGGAAGGUGCGAGUGGUGGAGAAUCAUGUGGUAACAGACCCCAUAGGGGGAGGCAAGGACUUGCCCACCGACGCACUCAGACACCACCACUUUCGCGGCAUAGUCAAGUAUGGAGCGAGCGAGUGCAGCCUGGGCAUGAAGGCGGAUGACCCCAUCGAAUGGUGGGCGCAUGGGACUGAGGAGGCAGACAGAAUGCAUUACGUGCGCACACACCCUCUCGAUAUGCCGUUGCUUGUUGCUGCACACAAGUGGUGGAAAGACUAUGUGCUGAGGACACAACGUGGCCAGUAA